AAUUGAACAAUCUACCUAAAUAACCAUAUCAUAGAAUGAAUGCAGAAAGAGGUUUGUGCAUAUGUAAUUGGGAACUCAGAAUAAACUUAUAUAAAUCAUUUCGUUAAUGUAACUCGAAACAAAUUUCUAUAUAUAUUUAUGAAAUGGGAAAUGGACGUAGUUCAUUUUUUACUCAAAAUGAUAUUAAAGAACAAAUUUUGAAAAAAACACCUAAGAGAGUUAAAUUCAAACAAGAUCAAAUUACUCAAUCUCCUGAACAUGGUAGGCAUGAACAUGAAGGCAUGGAUAGCGAUGUUAACGAUGAACAAUGGAGAAAUGAAAUUGUACUUAAUAUUGAUGAAAAUCAAAUUACAGGCUUUUAUCUUGAUGAGGAUGUUUUAGAUAAGCACAAAGAUGAUGAAUGCUAUAAAGAGGAUAUAAGACAAAUUUUUAUAUCCCCACAACAACAUGAACCAGAAGCCAUCGUUGAUUUGAACGUCAAAAUAUGUGAAACUACACCUGACCAGAAUGUUGAUGGUUUGUUUAAACAACAAGAAACGAAUCAUCAAAAUCUAUCCUUUGAUGAUAGUCAACCGUAUCAUAAAGUAAAGACGGAUAGCGGCGAUACAAAUAUCAGCAGUCCACAAAGCGAUUUGAACAGUAGUACCACAGAAUUAACAGAUACACCUCAAUUUCUGAAACCUUCAGAAUGUCUAAAUUUACAUCAGACCUAUCCAUUUCUGUCAGUGCACAAGUGUCUGCUGUCAUCAUCAACUGAAGUGAUAAGUAGCAAACCAGUAACUGAAAACCAGUUCACCGCUAACACACUGAUUUCACCUUCUAUUUUACAAACUCCAGCUAAUAAAUCACAGUCGAAUCCCAGGUCAAUUAUAAAAAUGUCUGAUGUACACGACAAAUACUUAUACUCAAAAGUUAUCACCCUACUGGACAAUGUUCAGAACAACUCAAAUGCAUUUCAACGAGAUGAAAGUGUUCAGUGUGGAAUAUGCUGCAAAAAUUCUAUUGAAAUUUUAGAACCCUCUAAAAUAUUACAUCAUUCUGAAGAAGAUAAGCCAGAUAGUUCAGAAAUAUAUAAAAAUAAAAAUUCAUGCGGAGUAAAUGGAUUGGCUGUUAAAAAAUGGCAUAAAUAUGACAAAGUAAUGAAAUUAUCACAUAAAAUUCCAAUUUUAUCUGUGAAUAGUAAGGAAAUCAUUGAUUUCACAGAGGAUGAUACAACCAUCUGUUCAGAAACAACGCUAUGUGAAGAAAAUUCUCCCUCUUUAAAUUACUCAUUAUCUAGCUGGUCGAUGAAAGACAGAAGUAAAGAGAAACCAUGUACUGAAGUAUCUGACUCAGACAUAAUUCUUCAAGUUGAAAAUCAAACUAUCCGUAGGUGUGAUAGAACAAACCAAAUAAAGCCGAAUGACACUACUUUAAAGAUGGAAUAUCAAGAUGACAACGUAUUUGCACCUCAAGAUGUAAUUAGUCGGUCAGAAGAGCCAGAUAGUAUUGAUAUUACUAAAGAAGGGCAUAUAUGUACCCCAACUGUCACAGAAAAAAUCCACUGUCCAAUAACCAAUCAGGUUGAAUCAACUUAUUCACCCAGUACUUGUGAAAUCGAAAAAGAAUCGGUGAGUUUGCCAGAACUAGGUUUGUUAGAACAAAACUUAGCAAAAAGUAAUGGUCAAGAAAAGACAAAAGCAGAAGAAAAAGGAGAAGAGACAAGUCAUUAUCCAAAAACACUGACGAUGGAUACUGGCUGUUUUAAACAAUACAACCUAUCUGAGAUGAACGAUAUAACACAAAAGUUUAACCCAAAUAGGCCACAAUACGUUCAAUUAGUAGGUAGUUUGGCGUACUGUUUGGAUAGGCAACCUGAGAAGUUAGACACAGGUGAUGCAGGCUACUUGAAUAUAUUGAAACCACUGGCUUACGUUACAGGUGCAACAAAAAUAACAUCACAGAAUUCAUUUAGAAAUCAAGGUCUUAAAGCAGAUGGUAAUAAAUUGCAGGAGCAUGUACCAAGAGAAAUUGAAAAUCAUAUUCAAACAGGAAAAAAAUCAUCCACUGAUGACUACGAGAUCGAAAUUCGGUGAUCAUGUUCAACAUUAUCCUAAGCGUGAAGUAAAUUCUCAUAUUAAUCUGCAUGAAUUCCUGUAUAAAUCGAGUUCAUCACAAGCUGAUAGUUGUUGUUCUUAGAGUCAAAGUAUAUUUCCUUGAUCUAUUGUACAAAUUUCAACUGAAUGACUAAAGAUUUUAACUCUGAGAAACCUUCAAAGAGAAAUUCACCACUUAGUUCCUCAUUAAACUGGUACCCAUACAUUAUCCAAACUUUGCCGGUUGUAUUUGGGUCAAUAUGGAAAAUCAAACGGGAAAAUGCUAUUUCUCUUGUUUUUUGUCCAUAGCUUUUUAAAAAUUUAGUUGAUUCUUCUUUACUCUCAUUUGUUGUAUACACUAUACUUCAGAUGUUUCAGUCAACUUAGCUGUGCAACUAUUGUAGUUCUUGUUUUUAUUUGUGUCACCACCUAAUAAAUGUAAUUAUUGUUU